CGCAUUGAGUUUAUACACGAUACACUUUUUACAAGCCACAACUUUCAAGGUACAAGAACAAGAUGGAAGGACGCAGCAGUGGCAGGUUUGCUGCCACCCUGAAGCGUUCUAGUAAAAAGACCUAUCUCUUGCUUUGGAAGAAUUGGCUUCUGAUUUUAAGGAGACCCGUCUCUCUUGUGGCCGAAAUAUCCAUUCCACUCCUCCUCUAUCUAGCACUAGUCAUAUUGCGACAGAUUUAUGGACCAACCGCACACUGUGAUGAGUUGUUUCGUCCCAUGGGUCUACCAUCAGCAGGUUUCCUACCAUUUGCACAGACCAUGAUGUGUGAUUUGUCGUCCCAGCCUUCAGAGUACUCAUCAGAUAUGCCUAUAUUCCCAAAUGCUAAUGUAUCAAAGUUAUACGAUUUACUAGACGACAAUUUUAUUGAGAAUUUUGCGAGUGACUAUUGUAGCUCUUUACAGACGUUUGGUGGUAACAUCAACUGUAACGCUUACAACCCAAAUGCUCUUAAUGGAGAUGAUGUCAAAUUUGGAGACCUCUUAGCUGAUAAGAACAGCUUUAAGACUUUCCUAACGGAUACUCUUGGGCUAAGUGAACCUGUAGCUACGGCCAUCAUUAACUCGACCAUUCACACACAAAAUAUUAAUAAUGGGGUAUUGCCACUACUACUGGGCAGUUUAACUGGUAAUGGUUUACCAUCAGCACCAGGCUCUAGUAUAUUGACAGGAAGAUCCUUAAGACUUCUGAUAUGUAACUCAACUCUCCUUGAUACUGUUGUGACAUUCAAUGGUCCAGUUGGAAGAGAUGAAGUCUUUAACGAAGUCUGUCGGUUGAACGAUGCCCAGUUUAACGAACUAGCUACUGAACUGCAGCAUCAGCUAAUAUCGAGUGAUUGUGCUAGCUUGACAAGUACAAUAAGCACUAUCAAUAAAGUGAUGGAACUCUUUAACUCAUUGCCGAUCGGUUUGAACAGCUCGUCAGAUCAGAUGAGCGUCAUACAGGAAUACCUUUGUGGGGAUGCAUCUCAGGGAAACACUACAGCUAACCCACUCCUUAUUCUUGGCCAUUUACUACAACCAAACCCUGCUACUGGACCAGAUAAGAAUGAUGAUGUUACUAUACCGGACAGAAUAGUCCCCAAGAUUCUCUACUCUCCCAAUACAACUGUCACUCGCUCCAUAAUGCACAAAGCAAACAUCACCUUCUCCACCAUUGAAUUCAUCUUGUCAUGGCUGAGACAAAUUGACAAUUGUUCUCAACUCUUCCUUCAGACAACCAACGCCAGCAGUCCUGUCAUAGUAACCAUACGUAACUACACCAACGCUAUACUACAGUCGAGCAGGAACAAUUCAAUGAUAGAGCAGAUACGACUCAUCAAUCAGUUACUUGAUCCUAAUAAUCCCAGUAACUUGUGGUACUCCCUCCAGCAAGUCAGUGCGACCAGUGAAGAUAUCCAGGCUCAGUUGCUAAGGUUGGAUUGGGAUAUAUUCUAUCCUGUAGAGAAUCAGGAGAAACUUGUUGAGUUGGCCACUAACAUGUGGCGUCAGAAAGAGCUUAACAUCACUUCAGUUUUCGCUGGUAUUGUAUUUGAUGAGAAUAUUGAAGAAGUAAAGCCGCUACGAAACGUGACACUAGCAAUAAGAAUGAACUCAACUUAUGUGCACGAAACAGACAUACUUAAAGAGCUUAUAUGGUAUCCUGGCCCUGAGAACUUAGAAUGGAAGAGACGUUAUCUUGAAGCAGGUUUCAUAUUCGUUCAAGACAUGGUGGAGAGGGCAAUCAUUGAUGAGAUAGUAGGACACAGGGUAGCCUCUCCUGGGGCAUAUGUACACGAGAUGCCUUAUCCUAGCUACAAUGAAGACUUUUUCCUAGUAGGCAUAGAGUGGAUGCUCCCUUUCAUAAUGUCUCUUGGUUGGAUGCUCUCAGUUGGUAUGAUAGUCCGGUCGGUGGUGAAGGAGAAGGAGACUCGUAUGAAGGAGGUUAUGAGGAUGAUGGGGCUGGGCAGAGUCCAGCUGUGGCUCUCGUGGUUCACCACGUCAUUCCUAACAUUGUUACUAUCAGUCAUCGUUAUUAGUCUUGCCUUAUCUUAUGGCGGUUUCCUUACCUUUUCCAAUGGUUUCAUUGUAUUUUUCUUCCUUCUCUUAUAUUCAAUCCUCAUCAUUUGCUACUGUUUCUUGUGCAGUACAUUCUUCACUAAUGCUAACAUGGGUGCCUGUGUUGCUGCUCUUGUCUAUUUCCUCCUCUUCUUCUUACAACUCGUCGUUCUCAUUAAAUUCGGCGACACUCACCCAGCAGCCAUUGCUCUGAUGUGUUUGCUAGCUCCUGUCGGCUUCGGUCUUGGCAGUAGUUUCAUAGUACAGUAUGAAUUACUACAAACAGGACAGCAUUUCGAUAAUCUCUUCAUAUCACCAACUGCUGAUUAUCAUUUUUCUGUUGGACUAGUCCUCAUUAUGUUUGUCGUUGAUAUUAUUUUGUAUUCUGUUCUCACUUGGUACAUUGAGGCCGUUUUCCCCGGGAAAUAUGGCGUCUCAAAACCUUGGUACUUCCCGUUUAUUCCUCUCAUCCGCUACAUAGAGAAGAGAAGGAACCAAAACAAGGAGAAACUCAAUGGCUCAGAUGAGGAGAGAGAGAUGUUGGUUUUUGAAGAAGAAGGCGAUGAUUGUGAUGCAAGUCUUGGGUCUAGUGUUGGUAACAGUGGCGGUGCUGUUUAUGAAGAAGAACCAACUCAUUUAAAGAAAGGAGUGGAGAUGAAGGGACUCAGCAAGACAUAUCACCUUGGUUGUAGAGGAAAGGUCAAAGCUCUAAGAGAUCUGACCUUGAACCUUUAUGAAGGACAGAUACUUGCUUUUCUGGGCCACAAUGGAGCAGGAAAAACAACUACAAUGUCACUAUUAACUGGGCUAUAUGAGCCUACUGCUGGUACCAGUAUCAUCAACGGGUUGGACAUAUGCAAGAAUAUGGAUGAGAUUAGGAGCCAGCUAGGAAUAUGCCCACAGCAUAAUAUCCUCUUUGAUGAUUUGACUGUGGAGGAGCACCUGUUCUUCUUUGGUCAAUUGAAAGGACUUUCCAAGAAGCAAGUGAAGAGCCAGACGCCUGACUGGUUAUCAAAAGUUGGCAUGUCGUCUCAUCGCACAGUUCGUACUAAACACCUCUCUGGUGGAAUGAAGCGGAAACUCUCAAUCCUUUUAGCAUUUAUUGGGAACUCUAAUACUGUCAUACUGGACGAGCCAACAUCAGGUGUUGAUCCUUACGCUCGGAAGCAAAUAUGGGACUUUCUGAGUCAGCAGAAACCCGGUCGUACGAUCAUGCUCUCCACCCAUCACAUGGAUGAAGCCGAGGUUUUAGGUGAUAGACUGGCAAUCAUAUCCAAGGGGAAGCUGCUCUGCUGUGGAUCCUUUGAUUUUCUAAAGGGAAAGUUUGGAAGUGGCCAUCAUUUAGCUGUUGUCGUGGAAAACGAGGAUUGUAUAUCGUUAGAUCCUUCCAGUGGACAGGAUAUUGAAGUUGAGCCUAACACAAUAGAAAAGAGAAUCACUUCAUUUCUAAAAGAGCACAUACCAGAUGUUGAGUUGAUUGGAAAGAGAGGACAAGAGCUUCAUUAUCUCUUGCCUCUUCAGCAGUCUAGACCAGCUGUCUUGCAGGGACUGUUUGCUGCUCUUGACGAAGCAGGUGCUUCUACUCUUGGCAUACAGCAAUAUGGACUCACUUCCUGUGCAAUGGAAGAAAUUUUUGUUGAGUUAACUAGUAAGGAAUUUGAAGAAACUGAAGUCAAAGAUCCAGUUGAGGGUAAUGCUCCUCAUCGGAGUCUAAUAUCAAGGAGAUCAUCAGCUUCUCUACCGAUUGUACUUGAUGAAGAAGAAGAGGAGGAGAGAGAGGGAGAGAAUGGGACAGAAGGAAAAGCUGAUGAAAGCAAACAACCAAAGAAGAGUGAAAGGGUGAAAGGAUUAAAUCUAUUAUUCUAUCAGUACUUUGCCCUACUAGUGAAGAGACUCCAGUAUUCGUUCAGGAAGAGGAAGGCUUUUUUUGUACAGAACAUUCUGCCGAUAUUUGUAAUCAUAUUCACGCUGCUAAUAGCCUACUUCUUGCUCAGCGUCACCGAUCCUCCUCCACUCUCCCUCCAGCCUUCAACUUUCUUCGGUAUCGGACCUAACAAUUACGUCAUUGUUGGUAAUAACAAAUCUGGGGCUUCGAAAGAUUACGUGGACACUCUUUUUGAGCCUUGUGGACUAGGAGCAACGCUACUAGCUGAUCCCAACGACCCUGCCUCUCCUUGCUAUAAAAAACAAAAAGUGGAACAGUGUAAUAAUUAUGAUAAAUUAAACAUUCACUAUGAUACUGUGACUUGUGUUUCUAAAUGUCCUACCUGUGGGAUUGAUCGGGUGCCACUGAAUGAUACGCCGCCAUCUUGUUAUAACGGAACUGUGACUGGGAGUCGCCUACAGAAUUUAACUGAAAUGGAUUAUGAGUCAUUGACUACAUAUCUAUUGAAUACUAAACUGGAAUUCAUUGAAAAGAGGUAUGGUGGUGUCUCAUUUGGUCAUCGUCGCGAUGAUGUCUCUCCCAGCCUUGACAGUCUUUACAAUUCAGACACCAACUAUUCCCUGCCUUUCUUUGCCGUACAAGAAGGAGCUAAAGCCUGGCACAGUUUCAAAGGGUACCACGCUAUGCCUACCUACCUCAACUCACUCAAUAACGCUAUACUGAGGGGACAACUACCACCUAAUGAAGCUAACUCUUCUUCCUUGUAUGGCAUAAAAACGAUCUCUCAUCCAUUUCCAACAACAUUUCUACAGAAAUUGCAGAAAGCUUUGGAAGGAGCUAGUUUCUUAGUCACUCCACUGGCAGCCAUGUUUUCUCUUGGUUUUGUAGCCGGAGGUUUUGUCCUCUACUUAAUAGAGGAGCGAUCAUCAAACUUGUAUCAUUUGCAGUGUGUCUGUGGCUUGAACAGAGGAGUCUAUUGGCUGGCUGCUUUCACUUGGGACAUCAUCGGAUACAUAUUGUUUUCAGUUGUUGUUAUAUUGUGUUACGUGAUAUCAAGAGAUACUAACCUCUCCCAACCAGAGGCCAUUGGUCCAGUGUUCCUAUUAUUUUUAUGCUACGGAUUAGCCAUUACCCCAUGGAUGUACGUUUAUUCCUUCAUGUUCCAGUCUCCUACCACAGCUUACGUCAUGCUCUUUUGUCUUAACUUCUUUUCUGGUCUUGUCCUCCUAGUAGUUGAUGCUAUUGUCGUAUUGGAAGCACUGGACUAUGAUGCUGGUAAUUUCAAUUAUUAUUUGGCUGCUGUUCCAAUGCCCAGCUAUGCCUUAGCCCGCGGUAUCAUGUACUUCACACUAGACAAGCCAGCUCUUAACAUAUACUUCUCUCUGAGUAAUAUUGAACUACCUUCAGAUUUGUCUCAGACCUAUCAGUUCAUGCUAGCAUUACUGUGUCAUGCUGCGUUGGGAGUUUUGGUACUGAUAGCCAUUGAAGUUUUUAAGUAUAUGAGACUCAGGGUAAAAUACAAGUGGAAUAUACUGGGUAAUACUAGUAGCAUCAUAGCAGCAGCUGCUUACACUGAUGAUGACAAUGACGUGAUAGCUGAGAGGAACCGAGUUCAAAAUGGAGAAGCAAACGAGUCUCCAUUACUCCUCAACGGGCUCAGUAAAGUCUAUAACAGUUUUGAUUUCCGUUGCAAUAAACUGAAGAAGUUUCGUGAUACUCGUGUUGCUGUUAACGAUUUGAGUCUGGGGCUACAGAAAUCAGAGUGUUUUGGUUUAUUGGGAUUAAACGGAGCUGGCAAGACAACAACCUUUAAGAUGAUAACAGGAGAUACCACACUUAGCAGUGGGAAUGCAGUUGUAGGUGGCCACAGCGUUACUAGUGAAAUGAGCUCUGCCAGACAGAGUAUUGGUUACUGCCCUCAGUUUGAGGCUCUCAGUGACGGACUGACAGGCAGACAACAUCUUGUCCUGUUCAGUAAAUUAAGGGGUAUCCCCUCCCACCAGCUAAAGGACGUGGUAAACGAUGCAUUGAAUAUGUUGGAGCUAAUGCCCCACGCUGAUAAACCAGUCAGUGCUUAUUCCGGUGGCAACUGCAGACGAUUAUCAACUGCCAUUGCUCUACUAGCUAACCCACCUGUUAUACUACUGGAUGAGCCCACGUCAGGUGUUGACCCUCGUGCGAGACAGUUCCUCUGGGGUAUUAUAAAGAAAUCAGUCAAGAAAGGACACUCCAUACUCCUCACCACUCACAGUAUGGCAGAGUGUGAGGCCCUCUGUACCAGGGUUGGUAUAAUGGUUAAUGGAAAGCUUCGCUGUCUUGGGACUCCGCAGCAGCUGAAGUCCAAAUAUGGUCAAGGAUACAAGUUGAAUAUUAGGUUCGGUCCUGCGGAUAGGGAAGGACUUAUGAGGAGGAUUGUUGAGAUGUUCCCAGAGGCAGUCAUCGGGGAGGAGCAUUAUAAUAACAUAGUCUAUCAGUUACCAGCUGGCCUCAGUUUGGCUGUUGUGUUCAAUAAGAUGGAGGAGCUUAGAUCAACCCUUGAUUUUGAUGAUUAUUCGCUGAGUCAAACUACACUGGACGAUGUUUUUAUACAUUUUGUGAGUAAGCAGAGAAGCGAGGAGGAGCAGUCUGAUGGCAUUGCAGCUGCAGUGUCCCUCCAAGAGUUUAAUGGAACUGAUCAUGAAAUGGAGUCAGUUCAUGUCAUCACAACCAAAGGAGCAGAAUCCAGCCGACCACACUACACUCUAUUGAAGAAUCCUCCAGAUGAAACUGUUUUAUAAUUUAUUAUUAUUAUGAACUUCAUUUGCACGAGCAAGUGUUAUGUAUAUAAAAAAUUUAUAAUAAUUAUGAUAAAAAUUGCUGGCCUAUUAUUUCUGUAUUUGUAUAAAAGUAGUUACACAUACAUUUAUAUUAUGUUUUUCCUUUUUUAUUUAUGUCAUGUAUGAUAAAAUUAGAGAUAUUAUUAAUUAUUUUUAAAAAGUGAUUGUUGUGAUUUUGUCAACUUUA